UAAAACCAGAGCUUCCAACCUUCACCAAUCUUCUCUUCCCCCAACUCCUCCGCCUGAAAUGAAUAAAAUAAAAUCCCAAAAAAAAAGUCAAAUUAUGGAAGAAAAAGAAGAAGAAUGGGAAUCCGGAAGCGAAGGAAAGGGAAAAGGACAAAACUCCAAGCUUUGUUCUAAUUUCCAUGGCCCCUUAAUUCAAGGGGAAGAAAAAAAGAAAACAAAGAACAAAGAUUUGUAGGAGAGAAAGUUACAAUGGGCAAAUGCCCCUUCUCGUCCGGCCGCUCCUCUCGUCGGCGACGGCGUCCGAAAUCCACGGAGGUCUCACAACCGCCAACGACGCCGUUAAUUGGAGCCGCUUCUUCAUCUUCACAUCCGCCUCCGAGCACGGGAAAUUUGAUUUGCGGUGGAGGUGGGGGGAUGGGGUCGGCGGGGAAGGGGAAGAAGAAGCCGGCAGGAGCUAGGCUAUGGAUGAGAUUCGACACGAUGGGAAACUCGGAGUUGGUGGAAUGCGACAAGAGUACCAUAAUUAAAAGAGCUUCAAUUCCUUCUCGGGAUUUGAGGAUUCUUGGCCCUAUCUUCUCUCACUCCUCUUCUAUUAUUGCCAGGGAGAAAGCCAUGGUUGUCAAUUUAGAGUUUAUAAAGGCCAUAGUUACGGCUGAAGAAGUUCUUAUACAGGAUCCUCUCGAACAGGAGGUUCUUCAAUUUGUGGAUCAACUUAGACAACAACUUCCUCAUAAAAGUGUAUUUAAGAUGAAAGGAGCAGGCAAAAUGGAUGUAAAUGAUAGUGAAAUGGAUGUUUCACCUGGUGGACAAUGGUCACCUGUUCCAGAAGCCAUGGAUGGUUUGCAGUGUGAGCUUCCAUUUGAGUUUCAGGUUCUGGAGAUAGCAUUAGAGGUUGUCUGCUCAUUUUUGGACAAAAGUGUGGCAGAACUUGAGAGGGAUGCUUACCCUUUGUUGGAUGAACUGGCCAGAACGGUCAACACCAUGAAUCUUGAACAUGUGCGGAGUUUGAAAGGAAAUCUCACUCGUCUUCUUGCACGUGUACAAAAGGUGAGGGAUGAAAUUGAACAUCUACUGGAUGAUAAUGAAGAUAUGGCACAUUUGUAUUUAACAAGAAAGUGGAUCCAAAAUCAGCAAUCAGAGGCUCUGUUAGGAGCUGAAGUUUCAAAUAGCAUCAGUACUAUUUUGCCCCAUCUAACUCGACUUGGUUCAAACAGGAGUGCAAGUUUGGUGAGUAGCCACAAUUUGGAUGACAAUGAUGUUGAGGAUUUGGAGAUGUUGCUUGAGGCUUAUUUCGUGCAGCUGGAUGGAACACGUAACAAGAUAUUAUCUGUUCGUGAAUAUAUUGAUGAUACAGAAGACUUUGUCAAUAUUCAACUUGACAACCGGAGAAAUGAACUCAUUCAACUUCAAUUGACAUUGACCGGUGCAUCGUUUUCUAUAUCUUUGGAAACUAUGAUAAUCGGGAUGAUUAGUAUCAACAUCCCUUGUACAUUAUACGCAAAGCAGGGGAUAUUUGGAAUCUUUAUUGGAAAUCUUACAGCGGGGUGUGUUUUGAUUUUCCUGCUUAUCCUAGGAUAUGCCAGAUGGAAGAAGCUGCUCGGUUCUUAAACUCAUCCUGAUGAUCAACUAUAGCUGUGUUUUUACUACUUCAGAUCUAUAAACUCUAUUAGCUUAUGUGUUGACCCCAGCAUGGGAUGCCAUUGAAACAUAUUUAGAAUAAAAGGACCUGUAUCCAAGUUUUCUGCUACAUGUUUUAAGACUAAAAUGUAUAAGUACAAUGCUUGAGCUUUUGGAAGUGA